UGUAUGUAUUGCUUAUUAUGCCCUCACCCUUGGGCGCUCUCGCUUUUCCCAUUCCUCGGUAGACGCAAUUUUACAUCGCAGCUGCAGCUGCUUCAUUAGCGCGGUUUUUUCCUUCCGAGUCUCUUGAUUCCGCUUUUUGUACUGCAAGGGUGUUUCUUUCCUCCUUCAAUGCGAAAACCUCAGAGUCUGACGAGUUGGGUAUUCUUAUCACGUGGGUGAUGAUAUGACCCUCCUCCGUUCUUUACCAAGCUUUUGUUUUAGCGUUGUGCGCGUUCUAAUCCAGUCAGUUUUAAGUUGGAUUUUUUGUUCUACACCUUGAGAAAUAGAUACAUGUACCCUGUACACGUGCAUGUACUUCGUCUUGGUUUUGCAGUUGGGUGGUACUCAUGAGCGGCUCCAUCUGUAAUGCGGGAAUCAAUUCCCUUGUCCCGGGGGAAUCCGGGUCGAGUGGUCGAAGGCGUGUUGGGGUGGGCAGUCUACUGAUGAUGUCUGUGUUUUCAAUUAUUGGUGAAGAGUGAGAUUCUUGCAGUGGAAGGCGAGACUAGUUUUAGUUGCUUCAAUACCCCCCCCCCCCUCCUUUUUUUUUUUUUUUCUUUUUUUCCUGGUUAACUGGGGAGGGGAUGCCGAUAGAGGGGGUUCAAGUGUUUUUUCGUAUAGCAGCCUUAGUUGUCGGUGUCAUGUGCUCUGCACCGUGUCGCUUCCCUCUGUACUCAUCUGCCACAGUCAGACCUCAAGUCUGCGUAUGUGCAGCAGAGUGAAAGCACCAGGUUUCGCUUCUGAGAUGUGAGGAAUGAACUUAAAAAGAGAGUGCCAGGUUGUCGACAAUGUGGGCUAUCUCAGUUACCCAGAUGAUUGUGAUCCUCUGAUGUUCUCCGAUUCCAGAGCGGCAAACUUCACUAAACGAAGUUAAGUAUCAGGUUCGUUAGUAAGCCUCAGCGCGCGCCAUCUCUUACACUCGCGACUUCGGCGUACAUGGAUUGGUUCAAGCUCAUUUUUCAAGCAGUACUUGGAUUCAGCUGUUGAGCUACAUUCUUUCUCCUUGCUGUUCUGCCAUACCAGUCUUGACAUCGCAAGGAUAAAAGUGACGCCUUUCUAAUAACGUUUCACAAACUUCCAUUUCUCCAACAUGAGACACGGCAAGUUUGCUCGACUCGCCUAGGCCGUGCCGCCAUAGCCGAAGCCGUACUUCAAGUCUGAGCACAGUAUCUGACAGAGUGCGUUGGAUCUAGUUCGUUUCUUUUUCCAAAGGAGGUGCCAAAUGUUUUCGGCGAAGAUAUCUUAAAAGAGCUGUCAUCGUGUUCCUUGGCAGGCGUUUUUAUUUAUCACUUUGAUCCUUCUGCAGAUUGAUAGUACAGCAUGGGGAAGAGAAGCACGUGGUUUAGUACUGUCAAAAAAGCAUUUCGAUCCCCAUCCAAAGACAAUGUUAAAACCGCUCCCAGAGAUCUAGACCUUGUUGGUGACCUUCCACCCAUUGAGGCCAAGUCAAAAAACAAGAAGAGAUGGAGCUUUGGAAAGUCAUCAUAUCAACCGUCUGCAACAGUAGACUUCAAAGAACAGUCAGCAGAAAAGAAAGAAGAGAACCGAAAACAAAUUUCAGAAAAACCAUCUGAUCCAGCCAUUUUUACCAGCCGCAAAGCAAGCACUACAGUUUGCUCGUUAACUGCCCUUUCGAAAAUCACAUCUCCAGAUGUUUGGGCAGCCAUCAAAAUCCAGACAGCGUUUCGAGCAUAUCUGGCUCGGCGAGCAUUGCGUGCGCUUAAAGGUCUCGUACGAUUACAAGCCUUGGUUCGAGGCCACACUGUACGUCGACAAGCUACUAUCACACUACGUUGCAUGCAAGCGCUGGUCAGGGUUCAAGCUCGGGUUCGGGCUAGACGAGUACGUAUGUCCGAGGAAGGGCAAGCUGUGCAAAGGCAGUUGUGGGAACGGAGGCAGCUGGAAUCUCGUCCAAGGAAAUCGUUGGACGGAGGUUGGAAUGAUAGCACUCAAACAAUACAUGCAGAAAAAGUGAAAAUCCUGAACAAGCAGGAGGCCGCCAUGAAGAGAGAAAGAGCUUUGGCUUAUGCUUUCUCCCAUCAGUUGUGGAAGUCGGCCCCCAAUCAAACAUCACAGCUCCACAUAGAUUGCGAGCCCGACAAGCUCCACUGGGGUUGGUGCUGGUUGGAAAGAUGGAUGGCAGCGCGACCAUGGCGAAAUCGCACAUUCGACAUCUCUGCUCCAAAGGAUGUUUUUGAGGGCCACCCUGUCAAAACUGCAGACCUCAACACCGUUCAGAAGAAACACGAAGCUGCUGAUCCACGUCUUCCCACACCACACAGCAUAUACAACAAGCAAAGACUUCAUUCGGCACAAAACGGAGCCAUUAGAAGUGAAAGUUACUCAUCAAAUGGACCAUCCAUGUUUACCUCUAACGGCCACAACCAUUUUAGCCCGAGUACCAUGCAAAGAACAACAAGCCAGGGUGCGCUGCAACCCCCAGCAACUCCACCCUCAGGCCACAAGGCAACACCUUCCCUAAUCCGAUCUGCCAGUCCUCGCAACCUUAUCAGGAGGGAAGAGUUGGAAGAAGGGGGAAGCGCUGUUUCAACCACAGCAAGGUCUUCUCCUUCUGCCUUUCGCUUUGGCACUUGCUACAGCCAUGCAGGAUCCAUACGCGAUGAUGAGAGCUUAGCAAGCUGUCCCUCUGUUCCAAACUAUAUGCAAGCCACACAAUCAGCAAGAGCCAAAGUGCGCUCGCAUAGUCAACCUAAGCAGCGGCCUGGGACCCUGGAGAAAGAUGGAUCGUGGGGCUCUGCAAAAAAGCGACUCUCAUUUCCGAUUUCAGAGAACCUCAUCAGCAAUUCUGGUCCCAUCAUGAAACCCUUUCGUCCUGCCGCUUAUCCUCAACGAAGUCCAAGCGUCAAAUUAGGAGUCCGCACCGAACGAUACGUGUUUUCGAUGGGCAACGAUAGCCAAAACGGCGAUGCUGUAACACCUUCUUCUACUGAACUUUCAAGUUCCAGAGCGCCAUUUCGGUGACUUUCUAUUUAUUCUUCACAUCAUUUUCCUUUUCCUAUUUAUAGUUCAAUUACCCACAUCAGGUAGUGCUGUGUGCGCUCUGUUUCUGAGCUGGGUACUUUUUCCUUCGUUAUUUGUGAAAAUAGUUAGAUAUUCAACUGUGGUAAUGGCUUUGUUUUGGCCUGCUUUUCAGAAAUAUAUCCAAGUUGUAAUCACACACUUUAGGAUCACGGGUACCUAUCAGUUAGGCUCCUGUGAAAGUGAACUCCAUUACAAGUAGGUACUGCAAUAAUAGUUUGGCAAAAUACUGCCUGAAAGCGACAUUCUACCCCAAAUUACUGUCAUAAAUGCUGCGACUGCGAUGGGUAUGGUUAAAAUCACUUGAGGCAUUGACAGAAUGUAAUGAGUAGCAUUGUUGUUAA